UUAAACAGCCAUCGACUGAUUCGACUGAGAAUUUCGAUUGGACUUAAGGGUAACUCAUAUUUUUAGAUUCUUCUAUAACAUAACAGUUAAUAAUAUAAUUAUGCCUUAGUCCAGUUUUCCCCUUAAAAAAAGACUUUGGAUUAGAAAAUUGAACUGGAGUUGAUUUUAAACAGCAGAAAUGGAGGGAGGUUUUCCAUCAUUUGCAACAGGCCUGACCCCAAAUCCUCAACAGAGUCCAUUGAUGUCUCCAUCUUUAAGUACUUUUGGUAUUGGAACACCUAAUCCAGUUCUGCCACCUUCAAAUGCCAGUUUAUAUCCCCAAACACCAACACCAGGUGGCCCUUUAACCCCCUACUCUCCUGCUACACCUGCUUCGGAAGGUUCAGGAAUAAAGCCACAAUUACAGAAUAUAGUUUGUACUGUUAAUUUAAAUUGUAAACUUGACUUAAAGAAAAUCGCAUUACAUGCGAGAAAUGCUGAAUAUAAUCCUAAACGUUUUGCUGCCGUUAUUAUGAGAAUACGAGAUCCACGAACAACAGCUCUUAUAUUUAGUUCAGGCAAAAUGGUGUGCACUGGUGCAAAAAGUGAAGACCAAGCUAAACUUGCUGCCAGAAAGUAUGCUAGAAUAGUACAAAAACUGGGAUUUCCAGCCAAAUUUUUAGACUUUAAAAUACAGAAUAUGGUAGGAAGUUGUGAUGUGAAAUUUCCAAUACGACUUGAAGGGUUGGUUUUAACACACAGUCAGUUCUCAAGUUAUGAACCAGAGUUAUUUCCUGGUUUAAUAUAUCGGAUGGUGAAGCCAAGAAUUGUUUUAUUAAUAUUUGUAUCCGGAAAGGUUGUAUUAACCGGAGCUAAAGUAAGAACAGAAAUAUAUGAAGCUUUUGAUAACAUUUAUCCAAUAUUAAAGGGUUUCCGGAAGACUUGAAGAUGUUUUCUAUUUGCGAACAGUUUUUGUGAAUAUUUGAGUUCAUGUUUAAGUGAGAUUACUUUCAGUGCUCAUGAUGGAUGUGCUCUUCAAUGUUGAAAAGUGUGAAUCAAAGAGAUAAUAGAAUUUACAUGUUGAAAUUGAAUGUUUUAUGGGAAUUUAUCCAAAAAGACUUCUAAAUGCGAAGAAUUUGAAGAAAUUUGCCAUAUUGUUCAGUGGUGAGAGAAAAACUCUUUUCAUCAGCCUUGAAGUAUAGCAUUAGGAACAAUUGAUAACUUGCUUAUCGUAAAACUAACCUAGAUGUAUUGGCAAUUCAUAUGAAGAAAGCUUCUAUAUUUGUUGACUUCAUGUAAAAAAAAAAGGAUUGGGUUGUACUCAACCCUUUAAUAAAUAAUAAUAGCUGAUCAUGAACAGUUAUAUGAUUGCCAUUGAAUGAAACAUAAAUGAGGUUUCUUUUGUAGAAAAAUAGAAUUUUGAAAAUAUAUCUGAAAAAAUUUUGUUUCUUGAUACAAGAAUGAUUCUUGAUCAAAGAGUGUAGAGAUGUUCUUGUUUUUCAUUCAGUCAUAUCGAAAUAAAUUUGUUUAUUCUUCUUACAGA